AUGAAGUACAUAGCAGCGCUAUUUGCCGUCUUGACCAUUAUUGGUCUGGGACAAGCUCAUCAAUUUGAGGACUUUGGCAAAGGUCCUCUUCACGAAGAUAUCCAGGACUUUUUGGACUUUGUUCCUUACCAAGAAAUUCAAGGCAUCGUUUCGGAUUACAUAUCAAACGAUCCGGAAGUACAGAAAGCUUUUAGUGAUCUUUUAAGUUCGUCCGUAUUAAGAGACCUGAUGGUAGAUUGGGAAGCUAUUCCUGAAAUGAUUAACAUUUUAAAUUAUGUGCAAAAAGAAGGCGUCGAUAUUUAUUCAUUAGUAAACAAAGCUAACAAAGCUCUCAAUAUCGAUGAGAUCGUACCACCUUCUCAUUUGUAUUCCCCGGUCAUACAGAGAACUGGUGGGAUUGUAGGACUAUUCAAAGAUAUUACGGAUGUGACUCCUCUUGCCGAUUUCAUUCAUACUUACGUGCAAAAAAUGAAAAAUUCUUCACCUUUCGUCAAUUUUGUCAACCAACUCAAGUCAGACAACAGCCAGCGGGCCGUAGACAAAGUCUAUCAAAUUAAAUCCUUGCAGAUCAUUUUAAAUGUACUCAAAACCAGUGGAGUAAAUACGCAAAUUACAGCUGACAUCUUGUAUAUAGUCCUCGGCCUUACCGUACCGAACCAUGUUACUGUUUAUCAGGAACGUACGCUGGAAGACGAAUUGAUGGACUUUGUGAAUCUUCUUCCGGUAGAUCAGAUUACUGAAAUAGUCUUAAAAUAUGUAGCCCAAGAUGAAAAAGUACAACAUUCUCUGAAAUAUUUAUAUACACCAGAAUUCCACUCCAAUCUGCGCGAUGUUGAAGCUCUUAAAGAACAUCAAGUAUUAGUAGUAUAUCUGGAGAAAGCUGGAUUGAAGGUUACUGAUUACAUCAAAAAAUUUCACAAGGACAUUGGCAUGGAAGAUUACGUGCCACCUAAAAUACAGAGCAUUUUCAAAUCUGAAAUUGGAAUACAAAAGAUCGGUGAUGGGAUCAAAGGAAUGUUGAAGGAUAUUUAUGAUAUAAUACCUUUGGACAAGAUUGAAGCUGUUUACAAUGAGAAAUUGCAGAAUUCCAAGGUCUUUGCCGAUUUCAUUGAGAAAAUAACAUCCUCGGAAUUUCAGAAAUUAGCCAAUGAUCUGUAUGUAAAUCCAACUUUACAAAAUUGUUUGACGAAUGCCAAAGAGAAUGGAUGGGAACUACCCGAGCUGACGAAAUUUUUUACUAGAAUGUUUGGUUUUAAGCUUCCAUAUUAAAAUAUAUGUCAUAUUUUAAGCGCUUGUUUUAAAUGUAUGUUCUUUUAUGUCGUUACUAUAUGAUGUAAUAUAUGAUGUUAAUGUUAAAAUAAAAAUUUAUAUACA